AUGGAAAACAACGAACCUCCGUUGAACGGUGCUGACAUUUCAAAUGCUCAAGCUAAUUCAAAUAAAGUCUUCUUCCCAAACAAAAAUGUCAAUGAUGGGUGGAAUGUUGUCGAUGCUCCCAACGUUCAAUAUUACCACCAUUUGAACACUUUUAUCAACACUUUAGACAAACCGUUCCAACAUACUAACAAAACAACAACAAGCAUACAAACCCCCGCAGUAGCAACAACUACAAGCAAACAAGCCCGCACAACGACAGCAACAGAAGCAGAAACAACUACAAACAGCAACAAUGAUAUGAGCCUACACAGCUACAAGCAAACAAGCCCGCGCAACAACUGCAACAGCAACAUGAAAGCAACUUUACUUAACAUCAAGCCUACAAAGUCACACAACAGCAAUAACAAUUAUUUCCGCCAACCCAAAUUGAACACGAACAAGAGCAAGUAUUACAACCAAUACAACAAAAACAAUCUUACUUUCAACAAGAAGAUGCUGAGGAACAAUUAA